UUGGUGUUUAAUUUGUAAAAAUAAGUAAUAAUUGUUCAUCUCUCCCUUAGGCCUUAGUUAUCUUCCUCACUUUCGCAGCUAAGAAAGAAAUGCAAUGACGGCAAUUAAUAUCACAAAUGUCACUAUCUUGGAUAACCCAGCACCAUUUCUUUGCCCAUUUCAGUUUCAAAUUUCAUACGAGUGCUCGGUUCCACUUAAAGAUGAUCUGGAGUGGAAACUAAUCUAUGUGGGAUCAGCUGAAGAUGAGACAUACGAUCAGCUCUUGGAAAGUGUGCUUGUAGGACCUGUCAAUGUUGGUAACUAUCGGUUUGUUCUCCAGGCUGACCCACCAGAUCCGUCAAAAAUCUGUGAAGCGGAUAUAAUUGGUGUCACGGUGCUGCUAUUGACAUGCUCAUAUAUGGGACAGGAAUUUAUCAGAGUAGGAUAUUAUGUGAACAAUGAUUAUGAUGAUGAUCAGUUGAGGGAAGAACCACCUCAGAAGGUGUUUAUUGAUAGAGUUCUGCGGAAUAUUUUGGCUGAUAAGCCGAGGGUUACAAAGUUUCCUAUCAAUUUUCAGCCAGAAAACAAUGAGCAUGUGCAGGAAGCUGCUGAAUCCAUUGAUCAUCCUUUAGACAUCAACGAGCAAGAACAACUACCACCACCAUCACUUGAUGAUUAGUCUGAACAGCUUUUCCCGAGUCUGAAAAAUGAAAUUAGUUGCUUACUUAGUUCUGACAAAGCCACACAGGAAAUUAGUUCUGACAACAUUUUGCAAAGAGUAAAUGUGAAAUCCCAAAGUUGUUCGAUGUAGUGUGCUGAAUGUGCUGUACAAAAUGCUGGUGUAUGCUGCUUUUGAGCUCUCUUGUGUAAAUGUCAAAUUCAUACUAAUCAAAUAUCAGAAAUUGUGCUUUGCUC